UAAGUAUUUUAAUGCAAACAAAAUUAUAAUAAAAAUUCGUUGCAAGUAAUUUAAGAAAAUCAUGAUGUACUUUUUAAAAAAACAAUGUUGGGUCAAAAUCAUUCUUUAGAUAAUUAGUAUUUUACCAUUUUAACUUUUUUUCUUUCAGCUCCGACAAAAAUCGAAAUUUUUAUCCAUUUUUAAUAAACAAGAGCUUAUUUUAUUUAGUGAAACGUUCUCCACAAUCGCUUUACUUUUAAUAUUGUUAAAAAUAACAUAAUUAAACAUCAUUUCCGUUGGAAAAGAAGAAUUAUGUCUUUAUAAGAAUUAUUGUCGCUGACCUAAUUAAAGCACAAAAUGAUAAUUAGUAAGAGUAUUUUUUAAAAAUUUAUCUAUUAUGGAAUGCUUGUAAAUAUUUAGAUUUUGAUGAAAAAAAAUAUAAGAAAUCACGAGCAAUGCUCUCUUAGUUCUAUCAAUCUUUCAAAUACAGAUUGUCCACUUCUAUCGCAAGAAGAUGCAGAAGAAACGAUAUCGUUGAUGCAGUGUACAAUGCCAACCGAAAAUGAAAAAGCAAAUGUAAAACAUUACUUGCGAGAAACUUAUAGUAACAGAAGAUAAUGGAUGGAAAAAGCAAGUCCUAGAAUGGAAGAAAUUGCCGAAAAGUACCCCAGGUUAUUCGAUUACUCUGGAGAAAUGAUCAAUGAAGAGUAUAAACUGAUCUUCGACAGUAAAGUAUCUGAAAACGGUAAAAUAUUCUUGAGUCGUUUUCCAACUUGGGCUACACCCAGAAUUUUGCAUUACUGCAAAGAAAGAAGACCGGAUAUUUUUAAAAAAGCUUCUAUAGUAAAGGAUGGAAGGAAAAGAUUUGACAAAAGCGAUAGAAAAUGUGCAGACUGCUUCAAAGGGUACAGUCCAACCGUACAUUCUUUGUGUUCAAGCGCAGAAAGUAGAAAAGUACUUUAUUGUUGGCGAUGGGAAACUUAUAAAUGUUGAUAAAAGAACAAUGCCAAUUGUAGCUUUCGAUUUACUUUUUAAGUUACAUUAUGUAACAAACGUACAUUUUG